UUUCCAGUCAUUCAGCCGCACGUUAACCCCUCCAGAACCAGACACGGGCCAAGCUGCGCGCCAGUUCAGCACCCCAGCACAAUCAAGGCUUCGCCGCCGGUGUGAGAGCAGUCACAUGACCAGCCUGCAGCACGUGACUCCUGCGUCAUCAUUCCAAGCAGGAGCAGUUCCAUUCUAGACACAACCGUUCUAUCUAGACGCUCCCGUGCCGGGCAGAGGAGGGAAGCGCGCCCGUUCUGCCGUCGCCUUUUCCUUCCUCCCAGCGCCAUGGCAGCCUGUGACAGGCGCAGCAGAUGGGACUCGUCCUCCCCCUAGAAGGAAGCCGCAGCUCUGAGAAGACGGCGUUCUUGUCAGGCGGCGACUGCCCGUGUGCACUGCGGUCCUCGUUCCUUUCACUUUUAUUGUUUCCUGUUUUUCCAGUGUGUGUUCCAUUCUGCACCCUCCCCCCUUCCUUCACCCCCACACCCUGCCCUAUAGGAGUUACCCACUGACUGGCCAGCCCCUGGGAAUACCCCACCGGAGACCAGAGCUGAAGAGAGGGAGCACCAUGGGAUGCUGUGGGAGCACGCAGAGCUCGAAGCGGGAUUGGAGGCCGUUGGAGGAGCACAGUUGCACUGAUAUUCCGUGGCUCCUGCUGUUUAUCCUUUUCUGUGUUGGGAUGGGCUUUAUCUGUGGAUUUUCUAUUGCCACUGGAGCCGCCUCCCGUUUAGUUUCUGGUUAUGACAGUUAUGGAAACAUUUGCGGGCAGAAGAACACUAAAGUUGAAGGCUCUGAAAAUAGUGGCCUUGACCACACCAACCGCAAGUAUGUUUUUUUCUUGAACCCUUGCAAUUUGGAUUUAGUGCACCGAAAAAUAAAGUCUAUGGCAUUGUGUGUUUCGGAGUGUCCUCAACAAGAGCUCAAGACCUUAAAUGAUGUAAAAAAAUUUGCUGAAACAAAUGGAUCACAGUUAUGUGAUUAUGCACUAACCCCUAGCCAGUACACUACAGACAGCAAAGCCGUGUCCUUAUGCCCAAGCGUUCCAGUGCCAGAAAGUGCACCUAUUCCAUUCUUCCAUCGCUGUGCUCCUGUGAACAUUUCCUGCUAUGCCAAGUUUGCAGAAGCCCUGAUCACUUUUGUCAGUGACAAUAGUGUCCUACACAGGCUGAUUAGUGGAGUAAUGACCAGCAAAGAAAUUAUAAUUGGACUUUGCUUUUUGUCACUAGUGCUUUCAAUGAUUUUGAUGGUUAUCAUCAGGUAUAUCUCUAGAGUACUUGUGUGGAUUUUAACCAUCCUGGUCACAUUGGGAUCACUUGGAGGGACAGGUGUUCUUUGGUGGAUGUAUGCUGAACAUCGGAAAUCUUUCAAUGAAAAUCUCCCACCAGAUCAGCUUCAGGUUUCCAAAGACAACCAACAAGCCUUGCUCAUAUAUGCCAUUACUGCCACUGUCUUCACAGUGAUCUUGUUGCUCAUCAUGCUGAUUAUGAGAAAAAGGGUUGGUCUUACCAUUGCCUUGUUCAAUGUGGCUGGGAAGGUUUUCAUCCAUCUACCGCUGUUAGUCUUCCAGCCCUUCUGGACUUUCUUUGCUCUUCUCCUCUUCUGGAUCUACUGGGUCAUGGUCUUGCUUUUUCUGGGAACUGCAGGUGAACCAUUCCCAAAUGAACAAGGAUUUGUUGAGUUCAAGAUCAACGGUCCUUUGCAAUACAUGUGGUGGUAUCAUCUAGUUGGGCUCAUAUGGAUCAGUGAAUUCAUUUUAGCCUGCCAACAGAUGACAAUUGCUGGAGCUGUAGUCACCUAUUAUUUCACAAGAAACAAGCAAGACCUCCCAUUUACUCCUAUUCUGGCUUCAGUAAAUCGACUGAUUCGUUACCAUCUUGGGACAGUGGCAAAAGGAGCCUUCAUUAUUACUCUGGUGAAAAUCCCAAGAAUGAUCCUCAUGUACAUUCAUAGCCAACUCAAAGGGAAGGAGAACGCAUGUGCCCGCUGUAUGUUGAAAUCCUGUAUUUGCUGCCUCUGGUGUCUAGAAAAGUGCCUCACAUAUUUAAAUCAGAAUGCAUAUACAGCCACUGCUAUCAACAGCACAAAUUUCUGCACUUCCGCAAAAGAUGCCCUUGUUAUUCUGGUGGAAAAUGUACUGAGGGUUGCUGCCAUCAACACAGUGGGAGAUUUUGUACUCUUCCUUGGGAAGAUUUUGAUAGUGAGUGCCACUGGCCUGGCAGGAAUUUUGCUGCUCAACUACCAGAGAGACUACACAGUAUGGGUAUUGCCGCUCAUUAUUGUCUGCCUAUUUGCCUUUCUUGUCGCACACUGCUUCCUCUCCAUCUAUGAAAUGGUGGUGGAUGUCCUGUUCUUGUGCUUUGCUAUUGACACAAAAUAUAAUGAUGGGAGUCCAGGGAAAGAAUUCUUCAUGGACAAGGUUCUAAUGGAAUUUGUGGAAAACAGUAGAAGAGGAAUGAAAGGGACGGGUAGUGGAUCAGAGGGCAGGGAGCUAAAACCGAUGGCUUCGGGAACAAGUUCAGCUUGAAUCUAGCCCAGCAAUAUCGGACCCCAUUGACAUUCCAAAAUAGACACAAGCAGCCAAAAUAGAAGCAGGGUUAAUAAUUCUCCUGUUGAUCUCAUUAUCUGUGCUAUGUACCCUAUGAGUUGCUGCCAGCAGCAUUGUCACCAUUCAAUUUUUUAUGUUAGUUGUGCAGCAUGUGAAAAAGGUCAAGCUACUAAACUUGAAUGGAAACCAGAUUUCCGAGCGGAAGUAGAUAUUUUCCCUCUUCUAUUCAGUCAGGUUUGAUGCUUUAAUACACAAGAGGCAAUCUUUACACUGCCAUCUGUGCUUCUGUAUUCCUUAUUACAAUGUUAAUGUAAUAUGGGAAAUCCAUAGGGUUCUUAUUUUCUUUCUUUUUUUAUAUAAUUCUCUUAAAAUAUUGUGACCCUUCUUGGAGAUAAUAAGGGAAUAAAUGCAGAUAUAUUUUUCAUGUUUUUUGUCGCUUCAACUAUUUCCCUCUCCUGACCUGAAAUUUCUGUACACUCCUGCAAUUUUGCACUAAAAGUAACCAUAGCCUUGAUAACUAUGGUACAGGUUGACGUAUGCUGGAUGUCUAUGACAGUGUAGACUCUGUCAAGGCGCUUUGCAGCAAGAAUUAGCCUGCUUGUUUCUUCUAUGUACAAAAGACAAGGAUCUUUUCCCAAGAUCUCAUAUUCUGAAAGUGAGUUGCCUGCUGUUUUGCUGUUCCUGCUCUCACAAUUACAGUAAAUGUUAAUGUUUGUAUCGAUUUCAUUCUAGUACUGCUAUUCCAGCAGAGCUCAGGUUAUUUCAUUGCAGUUGUCACCUUACCAGACAACUGGUUUGCUGGUGAGUGUCUAUGCAGAAACAUUUAUGCCAUCGCAAGAGGUGUAAAACAACUGGCGUGUACACUGUUUUGUGGCAUCUGUAAAAUGUUCUCUCUCCAGGGAACUGACUGCAACUUCAUUGAUAUGGCGUCAUCAAGGGGAUACAUUCUCACACUGAACAGGGCUCAUUUAGCAAUACUUCUUGGUGGCAGUUCUCUCUACUGUAAAAAAUAAAAAAUAAAAAAUCUAAAUUUGAGACUAUAUCGUAAAUCCCUCCAGUGGCAUUUUUUGGGUUAUUGGUCAAUGGCCUGUUUCUUUUGAGUGGUCUAUAAAAGCUUUAAAAGAAAUGGCCUUUAAUUGUUUCUAUAUUUAUAAUGUUGGAGAAGUCUGUAUGUCUUAUUUUUGCUGAAUUUCAGUGGUUCUGUCAAAGGAGAAGUAUCCUUUAUUCACUGUUGAAAAUAAUAGACUCUUUUUUUUUCUCUCUGAAGUGAGACUGUAAAUCCGAGGGAAGGGACGUUUUCUUUUCCUGAUACUUCAUCUUUGACAGCGGCAUUUAUUUUGGAAAAUAUACAUUUGCAUAUGUCUUUUCUUUAAGAUGUCUUGUUUUUAAUGACUUUUGUAGGAAAACAGAAAAAUAAAUAAAAAAUGCUUCAACUGUC